AAAUAAUAUAAGUGUCAUAAACAUCUGUAAAUAAAUAACAACAUAAAAAAAUAAUUGAAAAAAAAUAUUCAAAUUCAAUAUAAAUAUUUAUGAUAAAAAAAAUAAAACGACAAAAAAAAGUUAUUUAUCGUGCCAUCAGGAUCAACAAAUGCUGACAGCAGUGAAACAUAAUCGAAACAAAAAAUAACAAAAUAAAUAAAAGCAAAAACUCGAACACAGCAAAUAUUUAAAAGACAGAGAGAGAGAGAAAAAUGUUUUUACCGGAUAAAAUAAAGCCAACCGGACAAGUGAGACAAGUAAAAAGAAUGUACAAUGAAAAGUUCCGAUAAAUGCAUAGUGUUACUGAUAAUUCUGAAAUCGUCGCCAAAUGAAUCGAAUCUCUUUGCAUAUCUGUCGAAACUACAUGGAAAUAUGCAAACACUACCAAUGAUUGAUUUAGUGUUCAACACGCUCCACUCGACCACGACAAAAACGACAGUUGUUGCCUCGUCAUCCGCGUCCCCCAUUCCAUUGCCGUUGCCAUUUAGCAUCAACUCAUCAUCAUCAUUAAAUCAGACAACAACAACAACAACACCAACGAAUUUUGACAAAUAUCAACUUUUGGCGAAUCUCACCGCAAACACACUCAGCAAUGUGACGGGUGGCUUUGGUGCUGCGGCAGCGACUGCCAUCGCAGCUGGCAACGACGGAAAUUACCAAAAUGGCACAUUUGCGUACGAGGAUGAUGAUGGCGUUGGAGGCGAAAGUAGUCCAGAUGUACACAAGGAAUUUAUCUUUGAUCGCACGGAUGUCAGAGUUAUUUUCAUCACACUUUAUUCGCUCGUCUUUUGUUGCUGCUUUUUCGGAAAUCUGUUGGUGAUACUUGUCGUUACGAUGUCACGCCGCCUUCGAUCCAUCACAAACUUUUUCCUCGCCAAUUUAGCGGUGGCGGAUUUGUGUGUUGGUGUUUUUUGCGUUUUUCAAAAUUUAUCGAUUUAUUUGAUACCGAGCUGGGUCCUAGGCGACUUCCUCUGUAAAAUGUACCAAUUCGUGCACUCACUUAGUUACACAGCUUCAAUUUUUAUAUUAGUCGUAAUUUGUAUGGAGAGAUACUUUGCCAUCAUUCAUCCAAUAACGUGCAAACAGAUAUUGACGUCGACCAGAUUAAGGCUCGUGAUCGUAAUAGUGUGGAUAACAUCUGGCGUCUAUUCUAUACCAAAAUUUAUUUUUGUCCGAACAAUAACAAAUGACCUGGGGAAUGGACAAACAGAAACGAUAUGCAUCGCACACCGUAAAGCAUUUAACGCCGAGCUCUUUGACUUGAUCAAUUUUGCACUUUUGUAUAUAUUACCCCUGCUUGUUAUGACAAUACUUUACAGUCGCAUUGGGAUUGCCUUAUGGCAGAGUUCGCGUGGCUUGGAACGUCACAUUGCCAUGCAAAAUACGACAACGGGUCACAUGAACUCGGGCAAUGGAUUGUUGUCACGUGCCAAUAGUCGGCACGAUAAUAAACGAUGUCUUGGAGCAACAGAAAGCCAGGUGUCCGUUGAAUCGGAAAAAAUUGUCGUUAGCACGUGGCGCAAUCAGAGCUUCCAUCAACGUCAUCACGGCACCCAAAUAGCACAAAUCUCCAAUUCGGCCAAUAAUGUGUUGCGGGCACGACGUGGCGUCAUACGAAUGCUGCUCGUGGUUCUCCUUACAUUCGCUCUCUGCAACUUGCCGUAUCACGCAAGGAAAAUGUGGCAACAUUGGUCUUCCGAUUACCGUGGCGACUCAAACUUCAACGCACUCUUCACACCACUCACCUUCCUCAUAACGUACAUCAAUUCCGGCGUCAAUCCACUGCUGUACGCCUUUCUGAGUCGCAAUUUCCGCAAAGGUAUGCGUGAACUAUUGCUUUGUUCCCUGAAGAAAAACAAGCAUAAAUCAUCUAAUUAUCGAGUUCCUGUUCUCAAUCAUUCCUUACCGACCGAUUCAACUCAUAUAGGAAACCAACCAUGACACGGUUAUGUAACAACUAAUUCAUCGUACAUAUGAGAAGAACUUCCAAUGUACGAGACAACAUACCGCAGCAAAUUAUCGGAUGCCGAGGAUUUUCUCAGCAGCAACAGUAGCAGUUGCACUAACAACAAUAAUUGUAGUACUAACAGUUUUAGUGACACGCCAAGUUGUCGUCGAACUAGUGAUGCCGAGAAAAAGAAGAAGAAAACUGUGUCCUUCAUCGUAUUGGACCAACAACCACAACCACAACGAGAUUUCUAUUAAUGUUACUUGUAGUACCAUUUUUGUGAUAUUUAAUGUGAAAAUUAGCUAGCGCUCUUUUCGCGCGUGCUUCUAAAAGCUUUUCUUACGUAUAAAUGUGUGUUUGUAUCUCUUCCGGUGUACCUUGAAAACUUUUUGCAUCAUUAAAAUCAAAAAUCAACAAAAGAUAUCAAGCCAAACUGUGUAUGCGAAAAAUACACAUUAAAAGAAAGUAUCAGUCCCAGCAUUUUUAGAUCAUUAGAGACUUUAUCAAAACUCUUUAUUAUUGUAUGUACAUAGAAAUUUAUAAAUACGUAGGAAGCAGUCAUUGUCAAAAAUUUAUCUACGAAAGUGCUUUCUUGUUCCUUGUAACAAAUGACGCACGACACACUUGCAUGAAUAUUGUAAAUUUUAAUCUAUCAAGGCUGUCUCGAGUGUGUUUUUGACAUUUUACGCGGCAUCACAGAUGUCAUUCAACCGUAAAAGUUUUAAGUUAUUCAUGUGGUGACUUGGCGUCGCGACAAUUGAUAUCAAAAAAUGUCAUUUUGUUUGAAGUACUAAUG